UAUUGCUGCGGCACACCAUUUUCUCUCGCUCGGCUCGCACUCUGUUUUACAGCAAUCGUCAAUCGAUCAGUGUCUCUCUCCACCCACAAACAUCGCCAUUGCAUGGUUUUAAAGAACCAACAAGAAACCAGCAACAUCAAGCAUCUCCGUCUCCGCAUCCUUCUCUGAGAGAGAAACCAUCGUUCCGCCAUUGACGCUCUGAUCUUUUUCAAUUUCUGAAUUUGAGUCGACCGGGUCUGUGUGUUUGAAUGGGACCCAUUCGGGGCGCCAACAGGAGGAAGAAGGUUGACAAAGAGGUUGACCAGAAUGCCUCUUUCGCUUCACUGCCACACCAGCCCCCGGACAUGGAUUGGUGGGAAGACUUCGCCAGGAGGCUUACUGGUCCUUCAUCCCAAUUAAAGGAUCCUCCUACAUUUGAAUCUGUUCUCAAAGUUUCCAGGAAGACAUUUAACUACAUCAGUUCACUCGUGGAGAUAGAGAUGAUGGCUAAGCCAGCAAGCCUUACUGAUCUCAAUGGCAAGCUUUUGUCUCUGAAUGAUCGAGUAGCUAUUGCUUUAAGAAGGCUGAGCUCUGGAGAAUCUUUAUCAGCUGUCGGUGACUUGCUUGGGAUAAACCAAUCAACUGUUGCCCAAAUAACCUGGCGUUUUGUUGAAGCCAUGGAGACAAGAGGGCUCCAGCACCUCCAAUGGCCCUCCACAGAAACAGAGAUAGAAAAGAUAAAGCUCAAGUUUGAAAAACUUGUAGGCCUUCCUAAUUGUUGUGGUGCCAUUGACACCACGCACAUCACGAUGUGCCUGUCCUCAAUUGAUCGAGCAAACAACAUCUGGUGUGACAAGGAGAAGAAUCACAGCAUGAUCCUGCAGGCAGUUGUGGACCCUGAGAUGAGAUUCCUCGACAUUGUCACGGGGUGGCCAGGAAGUUUGAGCGACUCUAUUGUGCUCAGAAGCUCAAGUUUCUUCCAACUAUCUGAAGAAGGGAAGCGACUAAACGGAAAGAAAGUUAAACUUUCAGAAGGAAGCGAAUUGAGGGAAUACAUAGUCGGGGACUUGGGGUUCCCUCUCUUGCCAUGGCUUCUCACUCCAUAUCAAGGAACUAACCUUUGUGAUUCUGAAGCUAACUUCAACGAACAUCUCUCUGCCGCUCAGAAGGUGGCACAAAGAGCAUUAGCCCGGCUGAAGGAGACAUGGAGUAUCAUAAAAGGUGUUAUGUGGAGGCCGGAUAAGAACAGGUUGCCGAGGAUUAUUCUGGUUUGCUGCUUGCUGCACAACAUAGUUAUCGACAUGGAGGACAAGGUGCAAGGAGAACUUCCCUUGUCUCAUAAUCAUCAUCAUGAUUCGGGCUAUCGCAAACAAGUUUGUGAGUCUGGAGACCAGACUGCCACCUGUCUCAGAGACAACCUUUCUCUGUACUUGGCUGGCAGAUUGCCUCCCUGAUGCCAUUUCUCUCUCUCUCUCAAUGUGAGUUCCUGCAAUCGAUUUGCCGCCUCAACCUUGCCCUGGACCACCCUGGUUGUUGAAUUGGGAAGUUAAAGACGAAUGCUAGUUUUCCUUUUUGCAUUUGCAGUUUAUGAUAUUGAUUUAUUCAAACUACAACAUUUUAGUCUAAUUGGUUCAACAGCAUAUAUAGUUUCUUGUGACAACCACAUAUAUAGUUUUCCUAGUUUCUUGUCUCAGCAGGGUUUAUUUUCAUGCCCAAAGUUGCUUAAGUUGGGGGAUUCAAACUAGCUGCAAAUCUCCUCUUGAUCAUUGAAGAGAAGAUCCCAUUUCAUCAAAUUUUCAUGUUCCUUAAAGAUUAGAUUCACAAUAAUGUCAAAAACAUUAGUGUGAUCUUUGUAAAUCUGGGAUGUGUCAAAACAUUCCUCAAGCUCAUGGGCACAACCCACCCCAACUUGUACAAUAAUGUCAAAAUUGUUCUUGUGAUCUUUGUAACAAGGAUAUUG